AUGGUACUAUACAUGCUUUCUCGUACAUUUAGAAUUGCUAGACAACAAACUAGAUUAUUAUCAAGUUCAAGAAUUGCCUUUUCAGCUCCAUCUAAAAUCGAUGCUAAGACCGCUUCUAAUUUAGCUGAAGUUACUGGUCCAGAUGGUUCAUUAAUUGGUCCUGGUGCUACUCCAGGUACUAUUCCAACUGAUUUAGAUCAAGCUACUGGUUUAGAAAGAUUAGAAAUCUUAGGUAAAAGAGAAGGUGUUGAUGUUUUCGACAUAGAAAACCCAAUCACUGAAGGUUCAGGAACCCCUCAAGAUCCUUAUUUAGUUCCAACUUAUUUUGGUUACAGAUAUGUUGGUUGUAAAGGUAAAGAUGGUAAUGAUCAUAAACCAUAUUGGUUGAAAGUUGAAGAUGGUAAAUUAGCAAGAUGUUGGCAAUGUGGUACUACUUUAACUGGUAAAUACUUAGGUGAACCAGGUAUGGCUCAUCAUUAA